ACAACUAGAAAAGACACGAUGGAAGGCAACAGAACAUAACCGAAAAGAGAGUUAAAAACCUUGUUGUAUCUUGCCUAUUUGCUAAUAUUGGCAUAUUUUUUCAACGCCUUUGUAACCCAAUAUUUUGCAUUUAUAACCAAAUUGUAGAAAUCCUGUUUGUUUUGGCAAGAGUUUUUGGAAAUGGUGAAGAUGGUAAACGGUGAGCGAAGAGACGAAAGCGUCGCAAUUGCUAUCGAUCGAGACAAAGGAAGUCAGGCUGCAUUGAAAUGGGCUGUUGAUAAUCUUUUGACACCAGGAGAGACUCUUACUCUUGUCCAUGUCAGAGUCAAGCAAACCCUUGCUAAUAAUGGGACUCAACCAAAUAAGUCUGGAGAUGACGUUAAGGAAUUGUUUCUUCCAUUCCGUUGUUUCUGCACUAGAAAAGACAUAAAUUGUGAAGAGGUAGUAUUGGAGGACGUUGAUGCUGCAAAAGGAAUCAUAGAGUAUGUGCAAGAGAAUGCAAUCGAUAUUCUAGUACUCGGUGCAUCUAAGAUGACUCUUUUAAAGCGGUUCAAAGCGGUAGAUGUUACAAGCACAGUGAUGAAAGGAGCACCAAAUUUCUGUACAGUUUAUGCAAUCUCUAAAGGUAAAAUCUCGUCCGUUAGAUCAGCUACCUCUUCACCUCCUCCACUUUGCACAAUACGUCCACAAUUCCCAGCUCGGGCGAGCAAUGCCAGCAACAACGACUCCAGUCCUAGAACUGAGAGAAGGCUUCAAUCAGUGGAAAGUACACAAGACGAGAUCGAGAUGAUCAAGUGUCCAUAUUUGAGAAAAGAAUAUGAUCAAGGGACAUACCAGGCCUCAGUGGCAGACUCCGACUUAUCGUUUAUGAGUAGUGAUAGGCCAAGCGUGGAUUGGUUUUUCCCAACGUCUCGCCUAUCGGUUACUUCAGAGUUUGAAGACAACCGAGAUAGCUUUGCUACAUCCUCAAGCUCAUCAGAUAAGCAGUCCAUAGAUUUGGGUUCUUCUUAUUCUGCAUUCUCCACAAGCUCACAAGAAAGUGGGAGACUCUCCUCAUUGUCAAUGCAUAGCCAGGAUGAUGUAGAAUCUGAGAUGAGAAGGCUAAAACUAGAGCUAAAGUAUACAAUGGACAUGUAUAGUAGUGCAUGCAAAGAAGCAAUCGCAGCUAAGAAGACGACUACUGAGUUACACAAAUGGAAAGAGGAAAGGAAACAUAAACUAGAAGAAGCAAUACUUGCCAAAGAAGCAGCGCUGGCAAUAGCAGAGAAUGAGAAGGCAAAGAGCAGAGCAGCUAUGGAAGCAUUAGCGGCCGCUCAUAGAAUGGCAGAAAUCGAAGCUCAAAAGAGAAAGCAAAUCGAAACGGCAGCUCUGAGAGAAGUAGAUGAUAACAAUAAAGAAAUGCAUUCUUUAACUCAUAGUGAUAGAAUGUAUAGAAAAUACACGAUUGAGGAGAUUGAAGAAGGAACAGAAAAUUUCUCAGAUAGUCACAAGAUUGGGGAAGGCGGUUAUGGACCUGUUUACAAGGGUAUUCUAGAUUACACACCAGUGGCGAUAAAAGUUGUGAGACCAGAUGCAACACAAGGAAGAUCACAGUUCCAGCAAGAAGUGGAAGUCUUGACCUGUAUAAGACAUCCUAAUAUGGUUCUGUUGCUUGGAGCCUGCGCGGAAUACGGGUGUUUAGUCUAUGAAUACAUGGAAAAUGGGAGCUUAGAAGAUUGUCUCCUUAGACGAGGCAACUCUCCAGUUCUUUCAUGGCAGCUAAGAUUCCGCAUUGCAGCUGAAAUCGCCACGAGUCUUAAUUUCCUUCACCAGCUAAAACCAGAGCCACUAGUGCACCGCGACUUGAAACCAGCCAACAUAUUACUUGACCAGCACAUGGUCAGCAAGAUCUCUGAUGUUGGGUUGGCUAGGCUUGUCCCAGCUCCCUUGGUUGAUGAUGGCAUCACAACACAUUAUAGAAUGACGUCCGCUGCUGGAACCAUGUGUUAUAUUGAUCCAGAAUACCAACAAACUGGUAUGCUUGGAACCAAAUCGGACAUAUACUCAUUCGGGAUUAUGCUCUUGGAAAUACUUACAGCCAAGCCACCAAUGGGCUUGACAAGUCAGGUUGAGAGAGCAAUUGAGGAAGGAAAAUUUUCUAAGGUACUAGACCCUGUGGUUGCUGAUUGGCCACUUGAAGAGGCCUUAGUAUUAGCAAAACUCGGUUUACAAUGCGCAGCAUUAAGGCGGAAAGAUAGACCUGACCUGGGAAAGGUUGUGUUGCCUGAGCUUAAAAGGCUCAUGGAUUUAGCAGAAGAAAACAUGCAUAUCACGCGGCCUUCACCUAAAAAGCAGUCGGAAUAACAGCCAAACGGACAUUCUAGCAUCCACAACUUCAAUCCAAGUAAAUACAUCAAAGCAAUUAAAACUUAUUUUCACUUCAUAUUAUAUGAAACAUGUCUUGAUUACUAAACCAUCUCUUUUUCCUCUGUUCUUUUGGGGGUUUAGGAGAUAAUAAGCGACCAAUCUCUCA